AUGGGCAAAGGAGCUGUUCAUCCCAAUGGCUCUAACUUUUGUCGUUUUUUAAAAUAUAAUAUUGUAGAUAAGAUGAGGACGCUUGUUAGUACAAAUUUAUAUGAUACUCCUCGUUGGUUAGAAUGGUCAGAGAGAGCCCCGCCUAUGGAAAUAUAUAAUAUAAGUUUAAAAACAAAAUAUAAUAAUAAUAAAUAUAUGGAUUUAGUAAAAUUUUUA